GGGUUAUCACUGCAAAAAUGCAGUCUCUGUCUUCGCUCAGAAAGUAUUGGACGUUCCCUGAGUUAGCGAUAAAAUGACUACCAAAAGAGUUUUAAUCACAGGCUUUGGCCCCUUCGAAAACGUGGACAAUAACCUGAGUUGGGACGGUGUGAAUUAUUUAAAUAAGCACGAAAUUGAGGCUAAAUAUGAUAUAAAACUGUUCACCGAAAAAAUAGAGGUGGUCUACAAAAAUGUUGAUGGCUCUGUACCAAAGCUCUGGCGCAAACAUGAUCCUCACCUAACUAUUCACGUUGGUGUGAGGGACGUUUCCGAGUUCUUGCUGGAGAAGCAGGCAUGUAAGCUUGGCUACCAGGCCGAGGACACGACGGGGGACUGUCCGGGGAUGCACUGGUGCGACGGGCCGCAUGUCCUCAGCACCUCGCUGGACGUGGACCUGGUUUGCGAGGAGUUCAACAGCGCGCCGCCGGCUGACGGCCUGCAGGCGAAGCCCUCGUGUGAUGCUGGCAAGUACGUCUGCGAGUAUACAUACUACGCGUCUCUGUACGUGUCAUCUCCUUGUGCACGAACCUUAUUUGUGCACAUUCCAUACAAGGGGCUAGAAGUUGAAAAAAUUGCCCACGGGUUGGAACGAAUCUUGGAAAUAUGUCUGAAACAGCUCAGAGACGAGUAGAACUACUUAUAGGCAUAAUUUUCUUUUAAAAUUCUUCUGCGCAACUAAAGCUGACUUCACAUUCGUGAAGUUUCAGACGUGUGUUUAUUUACCUAUUUGAUUGAUGUGAUGUGGUAACACGUAUUGUUAUGUAUAUUAAAUUAAAAACCAAUGCCGAUGAUAGGUACCUACCGAGAUUUUGAAGGUAUUGUGACUUAUGUCCAAACGCAGUGCAUGAGACUAGCUAUAAAUUAUAUUAUUGUGUAAGUAAUACAUACCUAUAGGAUGGUUGACGCUCUCACAACUGUAGCAGACGUGAGUAAAACGUAAGAAGCCGCAAAUGAAAAAUAAUAAGGGUUAAAAGAUUAAAUCAAACGUUUAGUAUGAGUCAUUGUAAAAGAGGCAAAAAAUCUGUCCUACAUCUUUAUGUGACAGUGGGAGGUUCAAUAAUCUUCUAAAUUGUACUUUAUUAGACACAUACCUACGUUUGAGCCUGAAUAAAAACUUUGAUUUUGGAAGACACAUAAGGAAAGUUUAACAAAAUAAAUUUCGUGCUAUUUAAUGCUUAGAUACUUAAACAAAUGAAACAUACGAUAUUGUAAAGAUCAACCAAUCAGACUAAUUGAUUCUGCUUAAUGUAUGUCUGACAACGCACCUUGUUAAGAAAAAAGCUCGAUUAUUUUAACUGCCCAUCAUUAAAAACAACAUUAGAUAACCUCUAUUAGAAACUUGUUACCCUUUACUCCUUAAGUAUUUAAUACGUAACAUUUAAAAAUCGGCAAAGGUCAAACAAUUUUGGACAAUGAAAUCAUCUACCUAAGCAUUGCAUUUGGCCACCAUAAAGACUUAACUAAAAACUUUAGAGCACCAUAGUGGGGUACAAUUAAAACGUUUAUUGAUCGACCAAUUACACGCCAGAUUAUUUUGAGACCCAAAAAAGCCUUAGGACAUUUAUUUGGCCGCCAAGAAAUAGGUAAGAGUAAUCUUAUUUUUUCAUUCAAAGCUUUUAACUUGGAAACCCCACUACGCGCUCCAAUGAAUUUUCUUGAUAUCUUUCCGACGAGCGUAGAUCUUUUAUGGAAACAUACUUUUGUGGAUUACUUUGGGUUGUGAUGUCAUCAAAAUUUCACAUUUCUUUGAUGUCACAUUUCUUUUAGUUUAGUAAAAUUGCAUAAUAUUUCUGCAUUUUUCAUAUUAAAAUAUAAUUUAACUGAAUAAAAAACACUUGAGUAUGAAUCCAUACACCUAUUACCCAUAUUAAAAAAUAUCAAUCGAAGUUAAUCUUGUAAUACAUCUAUGAUAUAUAACACACAUUAUAGAAAACCUUGAGUCCUACACAAAACCCAAGCAAAAGUUGUUGCCUUACUGAAAAAGAAUCACUCAAGCAAGUGCCAUCCUUACAAAUCAAUUAGAACUAUUCUUAUCACAAUGUUUCUGUCAAGUGUUAAGUAGAUGGUUAAACAAACGUAGGUAACUUACGCCCACAACUCGUUGUGAAUGAACUACAUAUUUGAUAAAGCAUUUAGGCACUAAUGGGAUUGGAUUUCAGGGGCCCGAUUCUCCUAAGUUAAUAAUGUCAAAAUCGAAUAGAAAUCGAAUCGCAAUAUAACCGCAAUAGCAGUUUUAACCAUAUCGGGCAUUCUGCUACUAAUAAAAGACCAAUCGUAUUCGAUUGACAUUUGAUUGGUCUGCGAUUGGUC